AUGGAUGUGCGCGGCAAAGCAAUUCUCAAAGAUGGGCGCAAGAUUGUCUUGGAGCUUGAACCAGGUGUUGCCCCACAACCUUCUACCACUCCUCCGCAUCCAGAUGCUUUAGUCCAAGAGAUUGCUGACGGAAAGUUGUUGGUUCAUCCUUCCAAAGCCCAAAUCACUGUUCGCCGCAUCCAAAUGCAGAUUUGUAACAUUCAGCGUGGAUUGCGGCUGUUGAUUGGGGCAGAAGGACAGUGGAGCAAUGAAGCAGAUGAAAGGCUCAAGUCAUGGUUCUUGCGUGCAGAAAGGAAGAAGAAUCGCACCGACACACCUUCGCCUAGUCCUAGUGCCUUGGAAGAUGCUUCUUCUUCCAGGCGCCUUGCCUUGGAAGAUCCUUCUUCUUCUACACCCCUUGCCUUGGAAAAUGUCAAGCCUGAGAAUUCUUCUGUGGAGAACCAUGCUACCAAUGCCUUGGACGAUGACAACCCUACAGCCAUCAUUUGUGAGGAUUCCUAUGUGGACAACCAUGGUGCCAAUGUCUUGGACGAUGACAAGCCUGCUGUUGAGUCUCCUACCGGUGAGGUUGAAGCUGAUGUCUUGGACGAUGCCAAGCCUGCUGUUGAGUCUCCUACCGGUGAGGUUGAAGCUGCGGAGGAUCACCAUAGUUCCAAUGGCGCUGAUUCAAGCGAUGCGUCGUCAACAUCUUCCUCUUCGUCAUCGGCUACCAGACUUCGUGCAACGAUUCAGCGCUCAGUGUCUGCUCUCCAGGAGAUCCAUGACAUUGUUAGUGACAGUUGCCCAGAUUGUGCAGAUGCCCUGUUGCAAAUCCAAGAUUCACUAGCACAGGCCAUCUUCGGCAGCCGCGCGGGGCGCACCGGGGCUGAGUUGAAGGUCAUGGCAGCCAUCGAGGCAAAGUUGCCGUCCUAUUUCACCAAGGAGUUGUCGCAGGAGUUCUUCUCCCAGGAGGAUUGGGGUCGCGACACCAUCCCUUUGGAAGACGAGGAAUUGUCCUUUGCCCUGGGCAAGGAUGGAUCUACGCGGAAGAAGCUGGCAAAAGCAAGUGGCUGCAUCUUGGAGUAUGUCGGCCACGUGGCCUUUCUUGCUGGUUCGCUGCCUGCCAGAAGGAGAGCUCGAGACUACUUGUCCUGGCUCCUGAAGCAGCGCACUGGGACUGUUUAUGUGGACACCAGCAGCAGAAAUGAUGUCACAGUUGUGGAGAUCCCUCAAGAUCUGGAGGCGGUCGCCAGCUGUUUCAAGAGCAUGACACUGAGAGGAAUCGAGCAGGAGACAAAGACUUUCUGCUUUUUGGAGGGUAACUCCAGCAAGUCCGAGAGGCUCUUGAUCUUUGGACACGACAAAGCUGGCAGAGACAAGGCUAAGAGCAUUGCCCUGGCCAAGAUCGACGAGCGUGUGAGGACAUCCCGGGCUUCAUGCUGGGGCAUCAACUGGGACUAUGGCUGGUCAAAGAAAGGCUCUGGAGGAGAUCGGUACUAUGGACAAGAGGCCUCUGAGAUCAGUGACACCUUUCUCCUCCGUGGGGACAUCAGUGUGCAUGUGAUGAUCCAGACGGGCCCCAACGGUGAAGAUCCGGUGAUCGAGGAUGUUGAGAAUGCAAGCGGCACAAAGCUGACGCUCGCCAAAGAUAAGGCCAUGAUUCAAAUCACCGGGCCCUCGGAGAAGGUGUCGCAGGCCAAGAGACUUCUGCAGCAGUUCGCAGACAAGUUUGUGACCUGCCAGGGCCCUGGUAUCUUCAAGAUCACUGCGGCCCUAGCCAACAAAGUCAGUCACUACAUCCGGCCGAUGCCAUGGAUUUCCACCGCAGAAGUGGAUGAACAGAAGGAUCUGUUGAAGAUUCAAGGUCACCAAGACAGCGUGGAUCAAACGUUCAAGGUGAUCAAUGAGCUCUACCGAGAUCACGGUUUGGAAAUAGACCAAGCUGAUGUCAGCAUCAAGCGUCGAGAAGAACAACCUGUCCAUGGAGGUUGGCUUGGCCGAAGCUACUUCGCCGCCGGCCGGGCGUGCGAUGUGCUGAAAGUCAGCGAGGAUGAUGCGGCCUUCAUCCUUGGCCGUGGUGGCAAGACCAAGCACAAGAUCGCUCGCGUCUCAGGAGCCCAACUUGAGCUGCACGAGCGCAACAGCACGGUUGAAAUCUACGGUGAUGAUGAGAGUCGUCGCAGAGCUCGCAAAUACAUCGACUUGGUGCGAGCACAACGUGUUGGUCCUGUCCACGUGGAUGAAAGUUCCAACGAUGGGGACAUGACUCUGAUCUCCGUGCCCAGCAGCUGUGUGGGUUUUGUGACUGGAAGCCAGGGCAAUUUCCUGCGCACCUGCGAGGAGGAGUGGGGAACUCUGAUGUUCUUCUGCGACUAUCAAGGAGGUGGCCCCUUGGACAGCUACGGCGGAUCUGAGAAACUCGCCAUUUUUGGAACCUUGUGGGCUCGUUGUGGUGCUGAACUUAAGGUCAUGGCGGCCAUCGAAACGAAGCUCCCGGGCUACUACACCAGUAAUCUGGGGGAGACCCAGUCCUGGGAUGAGUGGGGUACUGAUACAUAUCCGAUGCACAACGACCAGCUGUCCUAUGUCUUGGGACGAAAGGGCUCCACAAGACAGAAGCUGGCACGAGCUAGCGGUUGCAUCAUGGAAUAUGUGGGGAAUAUCGCUUUCAUGGCGGGUUACCUGCCAAAUCGUCGCCGAGGACGAGAAUACCUCGGUUGGCUUUGCGACCAGGUCGGCAACAAGCAAGGGCGCAUCUCCAUUGACCCCACCGCGCGGGAAGAUGUCACACUGGUGCCGGUGCCCAGAGAGUGCAUCGGCUACGUCAUGGGAGAUAAGCGGAAGACGCUGAGUCGGCUGGAAGAGGACUGGGAGACACUCAUCUUCUUCGUGGACAGUCGAGCGCUGCCGUACAGCUACCGCGAGGAGGAUGUUGAAGGUCUUGCGAUCUUCGGCGCAGAGUGGGGUCGUGCUGGAACUGAGCUCAAGGUGAUGGGUGCUGUGGAGACAAAGAUCCCACAGUUCGGCCCGGUUGAGGUUGGUGACUACCACUACGAUGGCCCUUGGGGUGUGGAUACCCUGCCUUUGCCUGGCGACGAGCUCUCCUUUGCCCUUGGCAAGGACGGCGCUACGCGAAGAAAACUGGCAAAAGCCAGUGGAUGCAUACUGGAAUAUGUGGGCAACGUGGCGUACAUGGCGGGGACCCUGGAGGAGCGCAAACGAGCCAGGGACUAUUUGACCUGGUUGACCUGGCAGCGCACGGGUCCCAUUACCAUCGAAACGGCGGGCCGCGAGGACAUCCGGGAGAUGGAGGCUGGCUGGGAGAUGGUACCCGAAGAGAUGCGUGGCCUGACGAAAGCCGCCUCCCUGCGAGAGGUUGAGAAGGAAUCAGGCACCUUCUGCUUCUUCCAGGGGGACACCAACUCCGAAGUCCUGCUCAUUUGCGGUCAUCGCGAAGAGGCACUAAGAAAUUACUUGUUUACCAUGGUGAAAACCAUCAAAAAGAUAGAUGUUAUAGUUUGA